AUGGAACCAGAGCUGACUGCCAAUGGGACUUACACUGUUAUACAUCCCUGCUAUGUAUCAUACAAUGGAACUCACAUAGUUAUAUUCAACCCUUCAUUAAUAUGUAUACUAUUAUAUAUUUUACUUGGUUCAUUGUCCAUUGUCACCGUAUGUGGAAACCUCCUUGUAAUAAUCUCCAUCAUUUACUUCAAACAGCUCCACAUCCCUACUAACUACCUUAUUCUCUCUCUGGCUGUGGCUGAUGUGCUUGUUGGGAUUUUAGUCUUUCCUUGCAACAUGGCCUUCACUGUAACUCAAUGUUGGUAUUAUGAGGAUUUAUUUUGUAAAGUACGAGGCAGCUUUGAUGUUACACUGAGCACAGCUUCUAUUUUGAACUUAAGUUGUAUUUCUGUUGACAGAUAUUUUGCAGUGUGUCAGCCUCUCACUUACAAAAGUAAAAUAACUCAUCGUGUUGUUGUGGCCAUGAUCCUGGCGAGCUGGGGAGUUGCUGCUCUAAUAGGAAUUGGCUUAAUAGCCGCAGGUUUUAAUCAAGGAAAAUGUGAAGAAAGUUGUUUAAUGGAUGCUUUAAUAUCAACCACACUUGGGUGUAUUUUCUCUUUUUAUAUCCCAGUUAUUAUAAUGCUUUGUAUCUAUCUGAAGAUUUUCCUUGUUGCACAAAGACAGGCAAACAAAAUCCAGAACACAACGUGUCAGAACGUCAAAUCCAGAGGAGCAGUCAGUAAGAUGGAGAGAAAGGCUGCAAAAACUCUGGCUACUGUUAUGGGGGUUUUUCUGCUCUGUUGGACUCCUUACUUUCUUUGUAUGAUUGUUCAGCCUCUAACAUACAAAGUUACACCGAUUGCUGUGGUUGAAACACUGAACUGGUUUACAUUGUCAAAUUCAACGCUCAACCCGUUUAUUUAUGCUUUCUUUUACAGCUGGUUCAGAUCUGCUUUCAGAAUGAUCAUUUCUGGAAAAAUAUGCCAGGGUGAUUUUACUAAUUCUAAACUCUAUUGA